GCGGAGCAGCUGACAGGAACCGCGUUCACCGCUCUGCGCAAGAAGAACCAGCGCAGCUGGUUGUACCGCAUUAAACCGUCCGUUACCCACCAGCCGUUCACCCCGUGCCCACCGCACCGCAGCAACCCCCUUCUCGUGAGCGACUUUUCUGCCGGCAGCUCUGCAAGCGAGGCAACACCGAACCAGCUGCGCUGGCGCGCCAUGCCUGUGCCGGGCCUGGAGGUUCGGCAGGUGGACUGGGUGCAGGGGCUGGUUACCGUGUGCGGGAGUGGCGGCGCCGCAGAUAAGACGGGCUUUGCCAUCCACAUGUACGCAGCCAACAGCAGCAUGGACCGAUGUGCAUUCGCCAAUGCGGACGGGGACUUGCUCAUUGUUCCGCAGCACGGCCGCCUGUGGAUCACAACGGAGUUUGGGCUGCUAGCAGUCCACCCGGGCGAGAUAGCAGUGCUGCAGCAGGGGGUGCGCUUCACAGUGCAUCUGCCUGACGGCCCCUCCCGGGGCUACGUCUGCGAGGUGUAUGGAGGGCAUUUCCAACUGCCAGAACUUGGACCAAUUGGUGCCAAUGGGCUGGCCAAUCCACGUGACUUCCAGACUCCCACCGCGUGGUUCGAGAAUGGCGCCGCUCCUGCUGGGUUGGAUGCGGUGCAGAACGGUGGAGCAGGGAUGGUGCAGAGCGGUGGAGGAGGGUACGUGGUGGUCCACAAGUUUGCAGGGCGGCUGUUUGAGGCGAGGCAGGACUUCUCACCCUUCAAUGUGGUGGCAUGGCAUGGCAAUUACGUUCCCUACAAGUACGAUCUGACUCGCUUCUGCCCCAUGAACGCCGUCGCAUUCGACCAUCCCGACCCCUCCAUCUUCACAGUGCUCACCUGCCCCACCACACGCCCAGGCGUGGCAGCAGUUGACUUUAUUCUCUUCCCCCCGCGCUGGGCUGUGGCGGAGGGCACGUUCCGCCCGCCCUACUUCCACCGCAACUGCAUGAGUGAAUUCAUGGGGCUUAUAACGGGGAUGUAUGAGGCCAAGGCGGAGGGCUUUGAGCCGGGGGGAGCGAGUCUGCACAGCUGCAUGACACCCCACGGCCCCGACACCGCCACCUUUGAGCGAGCCGUGGCAGAGGAGGGAGACAGCAAGCCGGAACAAGUCCACAAGGGGUCACUGGCGUUCAUGCUGGAGUCGUGCUUCACACCGCGCGUCACACACACCAUGCUCAACUCGCCUCUGCUGGAUGCCGAUUACUACCAGUGCUGGCAGGGCCUCCGCUCGCACUUCACGGGCCUGUCAACCUGA